CGCGGAGGAAAGUUGUCCUCCGGUUUUUGCGGUGGUGUCGCGGGGUGCCGCGUCCGGCACCGUUUCCCAAAUAUUUCUUAUUUUCCGCGCGGCUACGUUAAAAAGUACUGGCCCCCAAAUGCGCGUACCGCAAAUCCUGUUUCAUGUUCAUGUUCUGGAGCAAACGGACGGCGCUCACUAGACGUCUCCUAAAGGCCAAGGUCUGUGGAGAGCAUGAAACCGAGUGUGAAGCUCAAGAGGAUUCGUCACGUAUUCAUCGCGCAAACAACACGAUCGGCACCGACAACGACACGAGCAACGUGACGGCAACGACGGGCCAAGCUAGCAGAGGAGCGCGCGGAGCGUCGUCAGGAGGUGCGAUAGGCGGAGGUGGUGGGGGAGGAGGAGGAGGAGUAGCAGGAGGAGGAGGAGGAGGUAGCCGUAUCUUGUCGAGUAGACUGCAUCAAGGUUGCUGCGGCGGCGAUCAGAGCCAGGACGAUGACGAGGAUCCCGUUCGUUUGUUAAGGUGCAAGGAGCUCCUCAAGUCGUUGAAGGAAAAUCAGCUAGAGAUGUUAGUCACCGCCGUGGAGAGCUGCGGUGCCGAUCUCGGCUCGUGCGUCCUCGUGCCCCGUCAGCAUCCGGAUGAUACCUACGAUCCGGACCAACCAUACUAUCGUCCGCAUCGUUACAAUCACCACAACAAUCAUCACUAUCAUCACCCCCAUCAUCACCACUAUCAUCAUCGGCAUCAUCGUAGGCAUCAUCGUUCUUCCUCGCUGGAGAACGACGACGAACAGAAUUCUGGCUCGGAGGACUCGUCGUCGUGCACAUCGCCGGUGAGUCCGGAACGGUGCAGGGUACCGAUUCGAGGCUCGCUCGAUAACGCGCCGAUCGAUCCUCACCUGCUCUGCUGCCAGAUCUGGCGGUGGCCGGAUCUCGCUCACUCCUCGGAGCUCAAGACACUUCCUGUCUGUCAUUCCGCUAAAGACCCCGUAUACAUAUGCUGUAACCCUUACCACUGGAGUCGGCUCUGCAAACCCGAGUCGCCGCCACCCCCGUACUGCCUUAUUGCCGACAGACUGAGACCCGAAGAUCGUGCGCCCAGCGAAGGGGAUCAACGUCGGUGCAAAAACAGCACACCCCUGCCACUUCCCGGCUCCCUUACCACCAACGGAGAAGGUGAGAUGGGACAAAAGGAGUGGUGUACAUUAGCAUAUUGGGAAUUGGGUGGUCGAGUGGGCCGUCUUUAUCCAGUGGAGCCUUCAACCGUAAAUGUUUUUGAUUCCCUCCAUGAUGGCGAUGGCCUUUGCUUAGCAACACUAGCUGAAAAUCAUGUUGCACCACCUGCAGUCCAAAGAACACGAAGUAAAAUUGGUCUUGGUUUAAUGCUUAGUCAAGAAGCAGAUGGUGUCUGGGCAUAUAACAGAUCAGAAAGCCCAAUCUUCGUGAACUCACCUACUCUGGAUGACCCAGAGUCUAGAACACUACUUGUCUAUCGUGUGCCUCCUGGUUUUUGUCUGAACAUCUUCGACCGAACCAAAGUUCUACAGCUUCCAUAUGGUAGUGGUACAAGAACAGGCAGUCAAGCUACAGGCUUUGCCUCUGGUCCCGUUGAUAUCAACUCCGUCCGCAUCAGCUUUGCCAAAGGCUGGGGACCCAAGUACUCAAGACAGGAAGUCACCUCUUGUCCAUGUUGGCUCGAAGUACUCCUAGCACCAUGCAGGUGAUCCCUACAACUCAUCGUGAAGGUAUUCAGUCUCGUCCGUUUGCGCCUCUUCUUACUCCUCGUCGUCCUCCAAGAGGACCGAUCUGUGAAACUGACGCAGCAACGACGAAGCUCCGUCCCAAAGGCUGCCAACGGAUACUCAAACGACGUGGAUCGCCGCCAGCAGUCUUACCAAAGUACGCCGCCAUACAUCUGAGAACAGCGUCAUUUUGCUAACAGAGAAAAAUGAGAAUCACUCGACAAGAGCGUUUUAUAUUCUUGUGCCUACGAACGGAGGACACACAGUUCUGCGUGGUACUCGAUUUUCAUAGCAUCAAAGCCCGAUCAUACUUCAUCACGGUAUUUUCUUGAUUGGUCAAUAAUACUGUUGUACUUUCUGGAUAAUGCUAAAUGAGAUUUCACAAAAAGUGAAGCGGAGACUUCCGCUAGGUCUAGUCAGUGGUAUUUAACGUUUGUAAGCUUGACGUCUACGUGUCAUGCAUUAAGAAUAACAUAAGAUAAACAAACACUAUCUGAAAUCAUGGAAAGUACGAGAGUAAAAUUGACUUGGUUAAUACACUGUCGCUUUCUUUUAUUCAUCUUAAGUUUAAUACCUGUACUGUCUGGCCAUGUCCUCGUUUAUGGUUAAUCAUUGCACUGCAAGGAAGCAGAAACUUGGGCUUCCGAUGAGGUCUAGUCAAUGGUGUUUAAGAGCAUGGAAAGCUCGUUGGUCGCAUGGAUUUUGAAUCUAUUUAAAUUAUCGAGAAACGAGAACACUGCCAACAGAAUCGAAGGAAGUACUUAGUGUUUUAUGUUAUGUUCAAAAAGACUUUAAUCUUACACGAUUAACGUAACAAUAUUUCUAGUAUAAAUUUCCUUCGUCUAUAUGGAAUUUAUUCAAAUGCGAGAAAAGAUUUGUUAUUUUAAUAGAAAGCCAAACCAUGGCGUGUUUGGCUACACUUUCGGCGUUCAAUUGGAAAUUUUAUCGAGUUCUAGCGAUUGUUCGCAAAACUAGUCAGUGACGAAAUUUGCAUGAAAAGAUAUCACCGAGUUAACAAAACUUUUCUCGAUUUUUUCAUCAAUUUUGUACAUCGUGAGUCGAUACAUCAGCGUUCAGUUAUAUAAGCUCGCGAUUACGUUUCAUGAGCGUUAAAAUGUCGUGUACCACGGGCACUGCGAUUGUCCCCGAUCGUCGUUCGGUGCUGUACGUACAUAUAUGUACAUACAUUGUGCCUUCCCAGCUUCCUUCGUGGUGCAAUGUGCGAAAGAAAGAAUGAAUGCGUGUAUGUGUGUAUCUAAGGAAACGAGAGAAAACGAGAGAACUCCGCGUGCCAGCUUUGCACCAAAUGCCCGAGAGCUUCGUACUGCAGUAAUACGAUACUGUGAUAAAAGUUCGACCCAGGUCUCUUUUUCCUUCCUUAUUUCGGACAAGUUCAUGAAGCACCGACGAAAAAGCAAUCAAUCUGUUAAUGUGUAUAUGUACGCAAACGAAACAAACGUAUGCUUAAUAAACAAAAAAAAAAAAAAAAUAUGAUCCAUAGUUAGACGUUAAAUUUAUAAAAGUACUGUUUUCUUGGAAUAAUUUUCUACCGUCGUGAAGGAUAUAAAAUUAGAGUGUAAGCGAGUGGAGUUUUACAAAUUUUAUCGCUGAAGUCUUCGCCGAAAUCCGCCUCCGGAUCCGAACGCGUACGAUAACAUUAAACGACACGUGUACCACGGAUCAGCGAUUUACACGUGGCAAAACGCUAAAAAACGUUUCUGUAAAGGAAAUAAUUGUACGGGGAGUUCGGAACGAUGAUGUUUAAGUACGUACAUACGAUGUAACCAUGUACCACCAGUCAUACGUAUUCAUUCAUACGCAUACGCAAACACAAGCAUGUAUAAAACACAAUCGACUGAUCGAAUAGUUUUUUUUUUUUUUUUUUUUCUCGAGCCGUUAGUUACUUUUCGUAUAACCGCUUUUAUCGGUUUAAAAGCGGUCGUCAGGUCACGUAUGAAUCGUGAUCCAUUGCGUGUAAGACGCCGAACGAUAUAUUGUGAUGCAUAUAUUGUCGCUUAAAUGUUAUAUAUUAAUAUGUAUACGUACGUAUACAAAAAUGUUCAUAGGUAGCUAGCUGUAUCUACUGUAACGGUGCGAUUCCGUGGCCUGUAUACGAAGUUGCGAAGUUUACGAUUGUCAGGGAUAUCUAAUUAUUUGUAACGUCGUUCCUCGAAGUGCUGCACGAGCAACGUUCGUCUCGGGAGAACUUUUUUUACACGAACACAACGGCACGAUUCCGCUUUGCGUACAGGCUUAGGAAUCGUCGAUGAAAAUUGCAACGACGAGAAAGAAUUCUGUGGUAGAGUCGUCCAUUUUGGAAGCUACGUUGCUUUUUAUAGUCUUUUCUCACGGCUCUGACCUGCAGUUAUAGUCGGAAGUUGGUUCAUCGCUGGAAUUGAAAUAAACGCGUGCGGUCAGUCUGAAAGCGAUUUUCGAAACGAUCUUCGGGUAAACGCGGAGCGCAAGACACCCAAUAAUUUGUACAAAUAUUUUAUUUUCUUUCGUAAAGAUUCGAUUAAAAAUAAGUUUACUUAUUCUGUGAAUUAUAAUAACCCCCAUUUGCAAUCAGUUACGCGAAUUAGGCGUUACACGUGACUUCCUGAAAUUCUCGAUUACAGACAGGCAACGAAAACGAGUUGGGUCAUUUUUACUCGCACCGUUCCCGAUGGUACAGUCGUUUCCCAGCAUUAUGACUGAAAGGACGUACAGUUAAUAGUGUACUUAACAAUAUUUUAUAAUUGAACGUACGUAAAUCUUAAUUCUACCGAGCCCGAUCGUAUUUGUAGUUUUGUUAAUUAGGUGACGAUUGUUAAAGAUAUAUCUAAA